AUGCAGGCCCGCCAGCAUCGCGCCAGGUUUAUUCGUUUUAUCUUGGACGAGGUCACCCAGGAUCCAGAGGUCCUUGUCGGUGUUGGCGUUAACGAAUGGAUUGAUGAGGAACUUGCAUGGUCUAUCGAAGACGCUCUCGAUGGCCGUGAGAGGUCUAGUCAAGGAGGAUGGCUUGUUGGUAUUCGAAGAGCAAGGGACUCACUUGAAUACUCAAUCUCCGAUGAUGGUGGCAACGAUUCGAAUGAUGAGAAGGUUAUGAAGAUCCACCAACUUCGUGAACUCGCUGCACAUCAAUUACCCCCUACACCAUUACCGACGUCCAAACAUCUACUGCUCUCCUUUGCGCCAGUGGGCUCCCGCGUUACUUUUCCAGAGGAAGACGCUGGAUUUGACAUCAUACCUUCGCAAAUACGAUGCUCCUUCACACCAAGUGGAUUCUUGUUUCUGGAUUUGGAUCAAGGCAACAUUCUUCUGUAUAUAAAGCCCAUCGUUCCCUUGAACCCUCGUCUUCACAAUGUCCAUAGGGAAAGUGAACAUCCAUCCAGUAAUACCUGCAACACCCGUAACAACCAACAACGUCAUCCACGAGCUUUCCGGUCGAUGAUCGAACUCAUGUACGGGGGUGGGAGGUAUCGACAUGUUGCUUCAUAUGGGAAGAAAUAG